AUGUCCUCACCCGCAAUGUAUAGGCUGUUCCUCAAAUUUAUGAAGUGUUCUCAGGAACCAGUCCCUGCUUUAACAGUGUCCCUUUAUUAUCUGACACUUCUGUCCCAUUCCUUCCUGUGCUGCUCCUCCUCCUCUCCCAAACACACACUAUCAGCAGUUCUGAUUGGUCCUUGCUUCUUCCUGGCUCUGGUCCCUCCUUUCUACAGAGACAUGGAAUCAGGUAAGCAAGCAGAGGGUGAGCUGCUUAAUUUUCCUUACAUGCUGAUGUACUUAUUGUCUUUUAUGUCCUGUAGGACUUUUUAUAUAGAUAGUAACACUGUAGGCCACUUUUAA